AGACAGGAAGACGAAAGGUAGCACCUUCAUACCAGGUAUACAUCGAGAUUAGGCACCACUCUACUACUUCUCCUCUCUUACGUCGUCUCCCAUCACUUCAUUGCACAAUUCCGCACGCUGCGCACUACAAUACCUCAAAAUACCAAGAUGCCGACAAUGUGGCUUUCAGACACCCAGAAGAUUGGGGUCGCCUUCUGUUCAGGGGGCGGACUCUUUCUGAUGGGAGGCGUCAUGAUGUUUUUUGAUCGUGCAAUGCUGGCAAUGGGAAACAUACUCUUUCUGAUCGGCCUCACACUCAUCAUCGGAACAACGAAAACCGUCGCCUUCUUCGCGCGCAAGCAGAAAUGGAAAGGCACAGUUGCAUUCGUCGCUGGCAUAUCACUUAUCCUGAUGCGCUGGGCUUUCAUCGGUUUCAUAAUCGAACUGUACGGCAUACUUGUGCUGUUUGGGGACUUUCUCAUGACCAUUGCGGGCUUCGUCAGCAAUGUACCGGUGAUUGGGCCAUAUAUUGCCAAGGCACUGGAAACGAUAAGCGGUGCGAGGCGGAAUGCUGAUCUGCCUGUUUGAGAUGGGAGGGACAACAUCAGAGCUACGACUUCGACGAGCUAUGGAUGGGAAUGUUAGGAUAUUGUAUUAUACGGAGUUGCACAAGUAGCGGUGGGGAUUUGCUAGCUACAUGACUUUGAAUGCAGCAUGAAUAGAAGGAUGGCAAGCACAGUGACUAGAUGGCUCACAAAGCGCUUGUCUCUGUAUUUUUUACGAACCACUAGGUGCUCGGUGCAUGAUCCCAAGAACAUCUCCGUACGUGAAGACAGUGGAUCUAUUACAGCUCUUGUAUAGUGACCGCAGAUAUUACAAGCAGG